GCCGUCAUGCAGUGCGGCUGGUCUCUGUUAGGUCCGCUGCAUUGGAUCCGUUACGUCAACAAACAGGUGAAGGUGAUGGCGGGAAAAGAUGAAGAGCACCGUGGCUGGCUGCUCACCGUGGACCCGGUGUCCGCCAGUAUGGUCCUGGUGGACUUCAGGGAGGACGGGGGGACGUCUGUGCAGGUGGUGAUGGGUCACGCUGUAGAGGACGUGCAGGUCCUGCAGGAGGCCAAUGAGGAGACCUCAGACCGUCUCCGGACCUCCUUCCUCCCCCCGAGGACCUGCAGCCUGAACCCAGAGGAGCUGAGAAGGAAGGGGGGGGGGGUCCGGAGCUGGCUUGAGAAGAACCGGGUCCCUGUGGAGGAGGAAGGGGACGAGCUGAGGGUGGCGGGGGUCCUGACCAUCAGGGCCCCAUAUGGACCUGAAGACUGCUACAGCUCCAACCAGAUCAUCCUGGACCGCAUCCAGAAACUGAUCCAGUUAAAACCAGAUCACCCUGGACUACAUCCAGAGACUGAUCCAGAAUCUGAUCCAGUUAAAACCAGAUCAGCUGACAGGUAUUGAUCCUCGGACAGAUGAAAUGAACAGAAUAAAAAUAGAAGUGAAGACAGGCCAAACUACAGAUUCAGAUCCAGAUCAAUAUUCUGGGAUUCUGACAGACCAGGAUCAGACAUGGAGCAAAGACCGAGACACUGACGUCACAGGGGGUCCGCUUCCUGUCGAUCCUCAGUUUGUUCAGAGGCUGUAAAACUGAAAAUCCUUUUAUCUCUCACUUCCUGUUUCACUGAUAUUUACAAAAUAAAAGUCUAAUUUGCUGA